UAAAUCCAUGCAGUGGGGAAGCAAUUCUCCUUAUUGCACGUGCAGGAUGACGUCGUGGGUCCUUUUCUUGAUCAAAUGGAUCAUCAGACCAAAGAUUUGAUGCUCCCAUUUCAGUCCUUCUGCAGCAGACGAGAGUUACAAUGCAGGGAAAUCAUUCUUGACGGAACUGAUGUGUGGAAAUCUAUUGUUGAUUUUGUCAUUGACCACAAAGUUAACAAGUUAGUACUGGGGGCAUCAUCUAGGAAUGCAUUUACAAGGACAAUAAGAAAGUUGGAUGUGCCAACAUCUGUCACAAGAGCUGCACCAAGUUACUGUUCAGUGUAUGUUAUAUCCAAAGGAAAACUAUCUUCAUUUAGGCCUGCCACCCAUGCAAGGGCAAAUGAUUCCAGCAAACAAGAGCUGGGAUCCAGUGUACCUGAAAAUCAGCAGAUACUUGUAAAAAGUGAACCAGCACCCAUAAUACGUAUUGAACGGCAAAAUCCAUCUAGUUCCGAUGAAUCAACAGAGAGCAGCCUCAUGUCAGCAGAUCAUCAAGGCCAAGCCAAUUUGUCAUAUCAAAAAGCAUCUUCAUGCCCAAGUGAAUUUUUAAGAGAUAUUAAACAAGGCAAUAAUUUAUCUCAAGAAUAUCCUGGGAACCAUAGAGAUUUAUUGCUUUUACAUAAGGAGGAUAAUGAGCAGGAAGAUAUGGAGGCUGAAGUAAGGCAGUUAAAGCUUGAGGUGAAACAAAAGAAUGAUGUUAUGCACAUGUGGAACAAUAAGGAGUUAUCUCUUGGGAUCGAAGACACAACGGAAAACACGCAUGCAAAUGUUGACCCUGAGGAUGAAUAUUUACAAGAAUUCAUGACAUGUUCGAACAAUCCCUGCAGUGAGAGACAAAAUGCAGAACUAAGUUCAGCUGUUCUUGGCCAAAAGCAUAAGCUAUUGAGACUUGAAACCCUUUCUUCUGACCAAUGCAGAGAGAGAACCAUACAGGAAUUUAAAGACCAUAGUUCCCAGGAUGCAGUGCAUCCAAUCUUAAGACGCUUGCCACCAAAAUUUUACUCGCCUAGAAAUGAUAAUAAACGUGGAUCUGCUUCUGAAGAGGCUUACAAUCUUGAACUGAAGUGUAAACCCUUGCCGAGGCCAAUUGAGACGAAAAAACUACUGGAGGGUCUUCCAACUAGAUUUCAGUGCAAAACAUACACAACAGAAGAGGUCGCAAAUGGCACCGACCAUUUCUCACUGAACCUGAAGAUAGGGGAAGGAGGUUAUGGACCAGUCUAUAAAGCUACACUUGACAGUACUCUUGUCGCUGCCAAGAUUCUCCAUUCUAACAUAACUCAAGGCCUGAAACAGUUCCAACAGGAGGUUGAGUUGUUGAACAACAUUCGCCAUCCGAACAUGGUGCAUCUGUUGGGUGCUUGCCCUGAGUAUGGCUGUCUGGUGUACGAGUACAUGCCGAAUGGCAGCCUUGAGGACCGUCUCUUCUGCCGAUCAGGCACACCGCCCCUGCCAUGGCAGCUGCGUUUCAAGAUAGCAGUGGAGAUAGCCACCGGCUUGCUCUAUCUACACAAGAUGAAACCUGAGGCCUUUGUCCACCGUGAUCUCAAGCCUGGAAACAUCCUUCUAGACCAAGAUUUCGUUGGCAAGAUCAGCGAUGUUGGCCUUGCUCGCAUCAUUCCCAGGUCAAUUGAUGAGACAGUCACGCAGUACCGGAUGACAGAUGCUGCAGGGACCUUCUGCUACAUUGAUCCUGAAUAUCAGAAGACAGGACUGGUCACCACAAAAUCCGACGUGUAUGCGCUCGGCAUCAUCUAUCUUCAGAUGAUCACUGCAAAAGACGCCAUGGGGCUUGCUUACAUGGUCUCUGAUGCACUGGAGGAAGGAACAUUUGAGGGGCUCUUGGAUCCUAAUGUGAAAGGAUGGCCUGUGCAGGAAGCUCAGAAGUUUGCUGAGCUUGCACUGAAAUGCUGCGAACUCCGGCACAGAGAUCGUCCUGACUUGGAAUCUGUCGUGCUUCCUGAGCUGAUCCGUCUUCAUGCACUUGUUGCACCAUCUGAAAGUAGUUCUUCCAUCGAACAAGGCCACCAGCGUUCAGUCAGUGACAAGGAGGUGGCUCUGGAUAGUGACUUGGCCGAUAUUCUAAACGAUGGGUUAGUGAAGGGAGCAUCAUUUGCAGCAUAAACGUGCAAGGAACCAGUAGAUAUAGUCCUGUCAGCGAUACUGGAAUAUUUCAGUAGUUCUGAUUCUGUUGUAAAUACGGCCCUAGCCCAGAAAUUUUUGGAACAAUUAGAUCAUUUGUGAAACGUGUGAUACUAACAUCAACCUGUAAAUUGAACACAAUCUAUACCUGUCAUCUGGUAGUAUUGUACACUUUUAUCAACUGGAAAUGGAAUCAACUCAAACUGAUUUGAUCAAGAGCUCGGGAUACAUGUCUUUAUCAGGAUCAGGAAUGCCAGAAAUGUCUUACCCUGAGAUAUCACAUCUUUCAGGACUGUUGUAAAAGGGAAAUCGUACCGAGUUAACUCACAAUGUCAUAAUGUAUUUUCCAAUGUGUGCAA